UAUAUAGUGUUUAGAAUUGUUCGCACUGCACAGAGUGAAGAAGGUAGCAGUUUGUACAAAGUUAUUAGCUUUCUACGACCAUUAAGGGUUCCUCCAGGGGGACAAACCGAGGAAGUAACCGAGGGACUGAUAUACAAACAUCCCGAGAAUAACACGGCGGUGUGUACAGGUACAGGGUGUGUUCGCCUUAUGUCAGAACCUACAUAGUGCACUUCUCCGGGGAACUGAAUGGAGCUGAGCCCGGAACUGUAGUGCACUAGAGCGGGUGUAGAAUUUUCUGUCUCCUCCUAUGUAGUGCACUGACGGGGGGGGCAGCCAGUGUGCGAUGGAGGCUGCACCAACUGCGCGCGUGCCAAUCGCACCCUGAGCACGAGGGGCGGAACUUCCGGGUUGAGGCUAGAAAAACAGAAAAAAGCCUGAAUAAAAAGUUGUCAGUAGUUUUGGACACUGCGGGAGUUUAGUGCGGUGACAGGACUUUAAUUAUAAACACACACACACACCGCACGCGGGCUUACAGUCUCGCGCUUACGCACUGAUUCGACUGUGAUUCAGUUCGAGGAAGAAACUUCGGAGGAACCUGGAUGUGUUGCUCGGUGGAUUGUGGAGAGAAGAUGAGAACGUGACGGAUUCUGAUGUGGUGAACAUUUUACUGAAGACAGUGUGCACGAGCUCAUCUUCACACAAUACGGUUUGACUUUUAACUCUGCCGCAUCAGAGGAACCGCAGAACCUCUUUUCUCCACGCGCUUCAACUUCACAGCCUCUCUCUCUCUCUCUCUCUCACACACAGAGCUUUCUCCUUCUCCUCUGAUUUUAUUCAAACGUUGUGCAUGGGAGCGCGUGCGUGCGUGGUGUGUGUGAGUGAGUGAGUGCGUGCAUGUGCAGAGUUCCCGCACUACUCUCUUAUCAUUGAGAACAUUUCUAUCGAGCACACUAAAGCGCUCUUCAGUUCGUCCCAUAACGGUUCCCCUGUAACAGAGGGCUUCCCUUCCAGAAGAACAUUCAAACAGAACCUCUUCAGAACAUUAGAACCUUCUGAAGAACCCUGGUUUUAUAAAGCGCGUCUCCUAUUGGUCUGUAUUUUAGGUGUUACUCCGUUUGCUAUAAAUAUGAUCUAACUGUUUUAUUAAUGCAGCACGAUUUAUUUUAGGAAGAUCCACAUGGACAGUGAGUGAGUGAGUGAGUGUGUACACACACGCGCACACACACACACACACACUGCAAGACCCUGUUAUUAACCUGCAUGUUGUGUGUUUGUAGUGCUAAUGUUAACACACUAAUCAUGAGGAAGUGGUGAAUAUUAGGUGACAGCACGCACUCUGACCCGAACUAGUGUAUAUAAACACUCGCUACACAAACAGUGUUGUGGAGUGUAAAUAAAUCAGUGUGUGUGUGGGUGUGUGUUUAAAUCACUUUGUUAAAUCAUCAUAAAAACCCCUGAAGCCUUUUGACUCUUCAAACUUCCUGUUUAUAAUAAUUUGUUAAUAACAAAGUUCCGAGUUUCAGGCUUUGGCAGGGUGUGUGUGUGUGUGAGUGAGAGAGUGAGAUCAGGAUGUGACUGAAGGCCACACAAAUAUAGAUAGAUACACACACACGCGCGGUGAAGGAUGAGUGGUGGUAAAAAACGCAGCGGUUUCCAGAUCACCAGCGUCACCUCGGAUGUGGGAGAAAGCUCCGCCUCUAAAAUCCCAGUCACACAGGAUGUUAACGAUUCACCUCCGUCGCUUUGUGACGGGCCUCGGAAAGACUCCACCCACUCCGGAGAUCAGACCACACCCUCAUCUACUUUACUCAAUGGUCCUGCCUUUCUUCACACAUUGAGCUCCACCCUUCUGAUGCAGCAGAGCUCCAGCCAACCAGCGACUCCGGUUACCAUGCGCAAACAGCGAUCGCUGGAUCAGGCUGUUAGUGUGGCUGGAGCCUCACGGUUCCGGGUGGUGCGCCUGGGCCAGGGAUUGGGCGAGCCGUACAAACGUGGACGCUGGACCUGCGUGGACGUGAUGGAGCGGGAACCGGAGCUCCACGGGGUACGUCGUGUGAUGGACAGCAUGAGACACGCCCACUCACUGGAAUCUUUAGAGACAGUAGGACUGGGCGGGCCUGAGGGAGAGGGCGGAGUCACGCUGAAGUCUCUAAAAGAGUUACGGGCAAGUCACAUGGUACUCUCACAGGGCUCCGCCCACCUGAUGGUACGCAGCGGCCCACCAUCACCCACCCACACUGAGCAUCAGACACACCUCUUGUCACCCCCAGUGCACACGCCCAACACACCUCGCACCCGCAAGAUACCCCCACCUCUGCACCUCACCAUGGGUGGGGCAAACAAACUCCGUGCUACACGCUCCCAGCCGACCUCUCCCAGCCCCCCUGUGACUCGAGAUGGUUCGUUCCACCCAUCACUUCUGCCGAUUCAGACCCCCUCAGCGCUUGCUCUGGCUCAGUCCAUGUUUGGAGUGGGCGGGACCUUCGGGCUGGUCAGCGAUGAAAGUGGCUCCAGUAACAGCAUGAUUGCCAUAGACAACAAGAUUGAGCAAGCCAUGGACCUGGUGAAGGCCCACCUGAUGCUGGCGGUGAGAGAGGAGGUGGAGGUUCUGAGGGAGCAGAUAAAGGAGCUAGCAGAGAGAAACGCUCAGCUCGAGAGAGAGAACUACAUCCUUCGAUCUCUCAGGGAGAACAAGUGACAUGCCCACACCCUAGUUCAUCUUGGGAAAGGGAGUGUUCAGCAUCAUGGGAAAUGAUGAAUCUGAAUCCGGUCGGAUCUGAAAUCCGGUGGUCAGGAAGAUCACAGGGUUUAUGAGAUGAUAGACAGACAGAGGAGAUGGGCAGAUGGGUGAAGGAAAGAACUAUCCAGUAGAUAAAUAGAUUUGAUGAUUGAAAGAAUUUAACAACAGACAAAAAAUAUAUAAAAGGGUUUAGAUUGUGGAUGCAAAAGGAUGUGACACACACACACACACACACAGAGUUAUUGUAAACAGAUUGACGCUAAUUCAUUAACAGUGUUAAUAUUAGUGACACUGAAUUCUGUAUGUUUAUUUAUGGGGUGUGUGUGUGUGUGUGUGUGUGUGUGUGUGUGAGAGAGAGAGAGAUAUGAGAGAGUGUGUGUGUGUGUGUGUGUGAGAGAGAGUGUGUAUGUGUGUGUGUGAGAGAGAGAUAUGAGAGGGAGAGUGUGUGUGUGUGUGUGUGUGUGUGUGUGUGUGUGUGUGUGUGUAUGAGGUGAACAUUCAGCUUUGUUACAACAAUAAUGUUGCUGUGGUGGUUACUGUGGCGACUCCAUGGUUCACCAGGGCUGUAUGAGGAGGAGGAUGAUGUGUGUUUUAACCCUUUGAGUGUGAUUUAUUGGUGUGGGUGUGUGUCUGGGUGUCUGGGUGUGGGUGUGAUGUGAUUAAUGGACAGGUUACUGUAUGAACACGACUCUAAUGUCUGAUGUAAUAAAUAAUCUCACUGCUCAUUUAAUUAUAUUAAAUUUUCUCUUGAAAAGCCUUUGAUGAGCCACGUGACUGUUCCACAUUUACAUUUCAUUUAUAAUAGAGAUCGACUGAUUGAUUUUUUUUAUUACCGAUAUUAGUGUGUUUAUGCGCCCAAUAACCGAUACGCAGAACCAAUAUUUAUUUAUUGCUUAACUUCUGUUUUUGACAUAAUAAUAAUAAUAAUAAUAAUAAUAAUAAUAAUAAUAAUACCACUGAACUGAACAAACCCUUUUAUUUAUUAUUAUUUUAAAUUUCACUUCCUCCUCGCAUACAAAAUAAAACAACUCUUUUUAAAACAACAGGAGUCUGAAAGAGUGUAAAAAAUAAAGUGCAUUGUUACUGAAGUGUCUUUUCUUUCAAUAAAAGCAUUGAUUAUG